CUCCACGCGCCAAGCGCGCCUAAUCCUCAGCUGCUCGCCGCUGCUCCGCAGCCGGCGCGGCCUUGAGGCGUCCGGGCUUGGCUGAGGUAGUCACCGGAGUAACGCCACCGAGGGGGCACCCUUACCGGCUGGUCCGCGACUGUGCUCCCGCCGCUGUCUACAGGAUUUCAGCUACUGAUGUUACAAACACUAAAAUAUUGGAGCAUAGAAUUGAGGAAAAGGCAUAAACUACGCUUUUAUUCAGUUAGUUAAAAAUAUGGAUCCUGAGUCAGAGGGCCCUCCCAUUGUCAAAGUGACACCUCUUCAGCAAAUGGCUGCCUCUUGUACUGGAGCCGUAUUGACUUCGCUAAUGGUGACACCCCUGGAUGUAGUUAAAAUUCGUCUCCAAGCCCAGAACAAUCCAUUUCCUGAAGGAAAAUGUUUUGUGUAUAAUAAUGGACUCAUGGAUCAUAUGUGUGUCUGUGAAGAGGCGGGCAACAAAGCAUGGUAUAAGAAGCCAGGAAACUUCCACGGAACACUGGAUGCCUUUUUAAAAAUCACUCGAAAUGAGGGCAUUAAGUCCCUGUGGAGUGGCCUUCCUCCUACUCUAGUGAUGGCAGUUCCUGCCACUGUUAUUUAUUUUACCUGCUAUGAUCAAUUAACUGCUGUUCUGAGAUCCAAAUUAGGAGAAAAUGAAACUAGAAUACCAAUUAUUGCUGGAAUUAUGGCCAGGUUUGGUGCAGUAACUGUGAUAAGUCCAUUAGAAUUGAUUAGAACCAAGAUGCAGUCUAAGAAGUUUUCUUACAAGGAGCUACACCAGUUUGUCAGCAAGAAAGUAUCGCAAGAUGGCUGGAUUUCCCUUUGGAAGGGCUGGGCUCCUACUGUUCUUCGAGAUGUACCUUUUUCAGCAAUAUACUGGUAUAACUAUGAAAUUUUAAGGAAGUGGCUAUGUGAGAAAUCUGGUAUAUAUGAACCAACUUUUAUGAUCAACUUUACUUCAGGAGCCUUGGCUGGUUCUUUUGCAGCUGUUGUAACUUUGCCAUUUGAUGUGGUAAAAACCCAAAAGCAGACACAACUUUGGACAUAUGAAAGUCAUAAAAUUUCUAUGCCUUUAGAUAUGUCAACCUGGGUUAUAAUGAAGAAUAUUAUUGCUAAAAAUGGAUUUUCUGGAUUAUUUGCAGGUUUGAUUCCUCGCUUAAUUAAAAUUGCUCCUGCUUGUGCCAUUAUGAUCAGUACCUAUGAAUUUGGAAAGGCUUUUUUCCAGAGGCAAAAUGUUCAAAGGCAGCAGUUCUAGGGAUAAAGGUUCAGCCUAGAAGGAUCACAGCCAAAUAAGAUGAGACUCUUGGGCAAAGGAGCUGUUUAAAUCUUACUCUGUUAUAAUUAUUUUCUUUCUUUCCUAUAAUUUAAAUGAAUAGUAAUUUCUAUUCUACCUCAAAAUCAUAAUCUUAGUUUUAAAAUAAAAAAUUUAUUUUUUGGAGAUUGAAAAAAAAAUGCCAGAAUCAUCACCAUUUUAUUUUGUCAGUAAAGAAAUAUUACUGCUUAGCAUAAAAAGCACUCUGAGUUUGAUUUCAGUGUAACUUAGUCUGUCAGAUAAAAAAGAAUCUUUUGAAUUUUACUUGAUAAUGUCUGGAAGAAAAAUGGUCAAGGUUUAUGUACAUUUAAAUCAUGUACACAGAUACUUCAGGAAAGGAGAUAAUAGAAGUUGGUCACUUGUCACAUUUGUCUAAUAUCACCUCAUAAUUUCUUUUAAUUUACAUGCCUUAGUUUUUCCUCCCACACUACUGAUUUAAGACUCGUGUACUGCAGUUAUUUGUAUGAUAUGAAAUGUAAUUAUUCAUGUGAUAUGGAUCUUAACAUGUUUGGUGAAU